GAAGAGGAAGCACUUCAGAGGGCCCUGGCAGAGGAAGAGGAGGCUUCUCCGACCAGUUGGAGCAACACACAGGAAAGCGCACGCUUGGAGGAGGAAGAGGAACGUCAAAGACAAGAGGAGGAAGCGGCAUUGGAGAGGGCCCGCGCAGAGGCAGCAGCGGAGAUGCACAGACAAGAGGAAGAGGAAGCACUUCAGAGGGCCCUGGCAGAGGAAGAGGAGGCUUCUCCGACCAGUUGGAGCAACACACAGGAAAGCGCACGCUUGGAGGAGGAAGAGGAACGGCAAAGACAAGAG